AUGAAGACGGCCAAGACCAUGAAGACGGCCAAGACCAUCAAGACGGCCAAGACCAUCAAGACGGCCAAGACCAUGAAGACGGCCAAGACCAUGAAGACGGCCAAGACCAUCAAGACGGCCAAGACCAUGAAGACGGCCAAGACCAUGAAGACGGCCAAGACCAUGAAGACGGCCAAGACCAUCAAGACGGCCAAGACCAUGAAGACGGCCAAGACCAUGAAGACGGCCAAGACCAUGAAGACGGCCAAGACCAUGAAGACGGCCAAGACCAUGAAGACGGCCAAGACCAUGAAGACGGCCAAGACCAUGAAGACGGCCAAGACCAUGAAGACGGCCAAGACCAUCAAGACGGCCAAGACCAUGAAGACGGCCAAGUCCAUCAAGACGGCCAAGACCAUGAAGACGGCCAAGACCAUGAAGACGGCCAAGACCAUGAAGACGGCCAAGACCAUGAAGACGGCCAAGACCAUCAAGACGGCCAAGACCAUCAAGACGGCCAAGACCAUCAAGACGGCCAAGACCAUCAAGACGGCCAAGACCAUCAAGACGGCCAAGACCAUCAAGACGGCCAAGACCAUGAUGACGGCCAAGACCAUCAAGACGGCCAAGACCAUCAAGACGGCCAAGACCAUCAAGACGGCCAAGACCAUGAAGACGGCCAAGACCAUCAAGACGGCCAAGACUAUGAAGACGGCCAAGACCAUGAAGACGGCCAAGACCAUCAAGACGGCCAAGACCAUCAAGACGGCCAAGACCAUGAAGACGGCCAAGACCAUGAAGACGGCCAAGACCAUGAAGACGGCCAAGACCAUGAAGACGGCCAAGACCAUCAAGACGGCCAAGACCAUGAAGACGGCCAAGACCAUCAAGACGGCCAAGACCAUCAAGACGGCCAAGACCAUGAAGACGGCCAAGACCAUCAAGACGGCCAAGACCAUGAAGACGGCCAAGACCAUGAAGACGGCCAAGACCAUGAGACGGCCAAGACCAUGA